UCCCCAUAUUCUAUCAUUCAAACAGACCAGCAUCCAUGGCCAAGCCUACCAAGAUAAGUGCUUUCGUAUUGAGGUUGUUGGCCAUGGUCGUGACUCUCACUGCAACUGUGGUUAUGGCGACGAGCCGUCAGCAUACGACUGUCUACGGCAUACCCGUCGACGCUAAGUUUCAGUGCACACCGGCAUUCAGGUUUUUCGUUAUUGCCAAUGCAAUUGGAAGCGUCUAUAGCCUUCUAGUUCUAUUUCUUCCUUCUAAGAGCUUGCUCUGGCGAAUGGUCGUGGCAUUGGAUGUGGUAAUCACGAUGCUGCUGACGGCGAGCAUCGCUGCGGCGGUAGCGAUCGGGUUCAUCGGCAAGAAAGGAGACUCCCAUGCAGGUUGGCUGCCUAUAUGUGACCGGGUUCCCAAGUUCUGCAACCAUGUGACUGGGGCCAUGGUUCUUGGCUUUUGUGGUGCCUUGCUCUACAUGUCUCUCCUUCUCCAUGCAAUCCAGACCGUCCUUAAUCCUCUUCUUCUAUAAACUCAUCUUCCUUAUUGUGGUUUUAUAUCAGUAAUAGCAAAAAUGCAUUUUGAUUAUAGCCACCUUUUUCAAGAUAAACAGCAUCUGUAACCAUUUAAAUGAAGAUCAAAAUGGCUUGUAAAUGAUUAGUGGUUUAUAAACGCGUAAUUAGCAUGCAUGGGUCAUGAUUCGAUGAUCCAACCGUUCAUGCGAUCUUAA